UCCAAAAGCCCUUGGAAAAUUCCCCUACCACCAAACCAAACCGAGUCAAUUUUUUUUGUUUUUCUUGUGUUUAAUUCCUUUUUAUGACAAACAAUUAGGAAAGAGAAAAAGAAAAAAAAAACCAUAUACCACAUACCCUUUCAAAUCUACAAAUCAAGUUUUCAUCUUUCUCAACUCCUUUUCAUGUCCAAACCUUAAAAUCAAUUCCCAUCAUAUCUUCUAUCUAAGGUUUUGGACAUUGUUGGAAAUAACAACAAGGUGUUUGAUGGUUUCCACUUUUACAUGUUAUUAUGGUGUCAGUAUUGAUUAGUAGGCAUUUGAUUUCUGGAGCUUUUGAUAGUGACUUGGGAUCAGUAACGUAGAUGGUGUAGAUAUAAGAUAGAAAAAAAAAAAGAAACUAGGUAAUUUUUUUUUGUAUUGUAAUAUUGUAAUUGACUUUUAUUUGAUGAUAUAUUUGUUGCUCAGUUGUGGUGUGGGUGAGGUUAUGUAAGGCAUGGUAUCGGCUACAAUUAGGCGUAUCGUGUCACCUUGUUGGAGGCCAUCUAGUGAGGGCGAUUCUAGUAGGUAUGGCGAUGGGAGUGGACGUUCUGAUGGUUUGUUGUGGUAUAAAGAUUCUGGAAGACAUGCAAGCGGUGAAUUCUCAAUGGCGGUUGUUCAAGCAAACAAUUUGUUGGAGGAUCAUAGCCAAGUCGAAUCAGGACCCAUGAGCUUAACUGAAGGAAGUCCUCAUGGUACUUUUGUUGGUGUUUAUGAUGGCCAUGGAGGUCCGGAAACUGCUCGGUUUGUCAAUGAUCGCCUAUUUAAAUAUAUCAAGAAAAAUCAGGGAAUGUCAGCUGAUGUUAUCACAAAAGCAUUUUUGGCAACGGAAGAAGAAUUUCUCGCUCUGGUGAAGAAGCAGUGGCAACUCAAGCCACAGAUAGCGUCCGUUGGAGCUUGCUGUUUGGUAGGCGUAAUAUAUAACGGGGAGCUCUAUACUGCAAAUGCAGGAGAUUCUCGAGCAGUGUUAGGUAGAUUCGAUGAGGCUACAAAAGAGAUUAAAGCAGUUCAACUAUCAUAUGAGCAUAAUGCUAGCCUGGAAUCUGUCAGAGAAGAGCUACGCUCAUUGCAUCCCGAUGAUCCACAGAUCGUAAUGAUGAAGCACACGGUCUGGCGCGUGAAGGGUCUCAUUCAGAUUUCAAGAUCCAUUGGCGACGCUUAUCUAAAGAAGAAAGAGUUUAACCAAGCACCACUGUUGUCAAAAUUCCGGCUCUCGGAACCCUUUGAAACGCCAAUCCUUAAAGCUGAACCAACAAUACAAGUACAGAAACUAGAACCUAGUGAUCAAUUUCUUAUAUUUGCAUCAGAUGGAUUAUGGGAGCACAUGAGCAAUCAAGAAGCAGUUGACAUUGUCCAAAGCGGUGCACGCAGUGGAGUGGCGAAGAAACUUAUCAAAUCGGCGCUUUGUGAAGCUGCAAAGAAAAGAGAAAUGAGAUACUCAGACUUGAAAAAGAUUGACCGUGGUGUACGGAGACAUUUCCAUGAUGACAUCACGGUGAUAGUUGUGUAUCUUGAUUCGCAUAACUCUCGAGCUCCCACCGUUUCAGUUAAAGGAGGUGGUGGUGAUUUUGGUACUGGUAUUGUAAAUGGCUAGAUUGAGAGUUUUUCUACAUAAUAUAUAUCAAUUGAAGUUCCUCACCAUCUCUCAUAUUUCUCAUAUUUGUAUUUCAAAUGUAAAUUUUUCUCUUCUCAUAGUCCCAGGGCUGGGAUAAUAGCUUUAACUUUCAAGAACAAAUUCCCUCUCUCCCUCUCUCUCUUUGGUUUAUUUUCUUUAUUUUCCUUUUUCAUCAAGCAUUUUAUGCAGUGUUUGGAUUCUUUUUACCAUUCAUUAUUAAUUCCAUAGAAAAUAUUAUUAUUAUUA